UCUACACGCGGGAAAAGAAUAUCGCGAAGAAGUAUGUUUAUGGCUAGUUAACUUAUUAUACAGCCUUGUAUAGUCUAACUGCUGAUAAUACCUCCUUUGCAAGUUGUGUGGGUUGGAUUAAGGCGUGUCCCUAUCGUAUGUAUAUAACGGUUAUGCUAAAUGCUGUUCGAGUCCUGGUCGGAUGAAGACUGAAGUCGGGUCACUCCUUUUGUGUUAUCAGCAGUUUUACAUUCACCGGCAGUUGGAGCGCUUUCACAAUGGCAGAACCCUCAACUGAAACGAUAUUUAACAAACCAAAGAUUGAGCUUCAUGUGCAUCUCGAUGGCGCUAUCCGAGCAGAGACCAUUCUGGACGUUGCCAAGCGACGUGGGAUCAAACUGAACGCCAGCAGUGGGAAGGAGAUGAAACAUCUCUGCACAGUCUACCAGCCUGUCAAGAUGUUUGCAGAGUUUCUUGCCAAGUUUGAAGAGUACAUGCCUGUCAUUGCCGGAGACAAAGAGGCGAUCAGGAGGAUAGCCUAUGAGUUUGUGGAGGACAAAUCCAAAGAGGGGGUGAUUUACGUUGAAGUAAGAUACAGCCCACACCUCCUGGCUAACACUGAUGUGGAACCCAUACCAUGGAAGCAAGAAAAAGGUGACGUGAGCCCAGACGAUGUUGUUCAACUUGUGAAUCAGGGUCUGGCCGAGGGAGAAAAGGACUUCAAUAUCAAAGCCAGGUCCAUUCUGUGCUGCAUGCGCCACAUGCCAAACUGGUCCAUGAAAGUGGUGGAGCUGUGUAAGAAGUACAAGGAGGACGGAGUGGUGGGUAUUGAUCUGGCAGGGGAUGAGACCAUCAACGUUAGGGACCAGUCCUGCCACAGGUUGGCCUAUGAGGAAGCGGUGAGGUGUGGGAUACACAGAACAGUCCAUGCCGGAGAGAUGGGCCCGCCUUCUGUUGUGAAAGAAGCUGUGGAGGUCCUGAAAGCAGAGAGAAUAGGCCAUGGCUACAACACACUGAAAGACCAAGUGUUGUAUAAACAACUCCGGGAGCAGAACAUGCAUUUUGAGACCUGUCCCAUAUCCAGUAAACUGACAGGAGCCUGUGAUCCCGACUUUACCAAGCACCCUCUUGUCACCUUCAGAAAGGAUAAGGUAAACUACUCCCUGAACACAGAUGACCCUUUGAUUUUCAACUCCCAACUACACGUUGACUACAGAACUGCACACGAGUACAUGGGCUUCACUGAGGAGGAAUUUAAGAGACUGAACAUCAACUCAGCUAAAUCUAGCUUCUUGCCUGAGAAGGAGAAGAAGGAUCUUGUCAACAAGCUGUAUGAAGCCUAUGAGAUGGUGCAAAACGCUGAGAACGCUUAAAUUAAGUACGGAUCAGAACUGCCCGGAGGCAACCAUCUUGUACUCUUUUAUUCCCCUCACUUAUUAUUCUUGAGGUUCUAUGCUAUGCUCUUAUGUAUACAUAUAUUUAGCUGGCUAUGAACACAUUAAUAUACUACUACGUGUGUGUGUGUGUGUGUGUGUGUGUAUA